AUGGAGGACGCCGACAGAACCAUAUCACGUUUGUUUAGAUCGUUCAAGACGGUCAAGGAGAUGGUCAGGGACAGGGGAUACUAUAUCACCCAACAAGAAAUCGAUAUGUCCUUAGAUGAGUUCAGAGCAAAGAUCUGUGACAGCAUGGGCAAUCCACAAAGAAAAUUGAUGUGUUUCCAAGCCAAUCCUACUGCCGAGUCCUUGGAAAAGUUCCCCGAGUUGGGAUCGUUGUGGGUCGAAUUCUGUGAUGAGGCCUCAGUGGGCAUCAAGACCAUGAGAAACUUCUGUAUCCAUAUUAGUGAGAAGAACUUCAGCACUGGUAUUUUUAUCUAUCAGUCAUCUAUCACUCCUAGUGCCAACAAGUUGAUUCCAACCGUUUCUCCAGCUUCUAUAGAAACCUUCCAGGAGGGAGAUUUAGUUGUCAACAUCACCCAUCACGAGUUGGUUCCAAAGCAUAUCAAAUUGUCCCGCGACGAAAAGAAAGAAUUGUUGGAAAGAUAUAGAUUGAAGGAAUCUCAGUUGCCAAGAGUUCAAAGAGAAGACCCAGUGGCCAGAUACUUGGGUUUAAAGAGAGGUGAAGUGGUCAAGAUUAUCAGAAGAUCUGAAACCUCUGGACGUUAUGCAUCCUACAGAAUCUGCUUGUAG